AUGUCUGAUCUCUGGAGUGGUUUGCUUCUGCGAUGGUGGGAUGAUUGGCAGCUACGUAUCCUCGUCCUGGGCAGUCUGGGCCUCGAGUGGUUCCUCCUGCUGGUCGCCCCUAUGCGCAAGUACACCAUCCGACCCGUCUUCAGGACAUGCAUCUGGCUGGCAUAUAUUUCCAGCGAUCCUCUGGCGAUUUACGCGCUUGCAACCCUCUUCAACCGCCACGUAAGGACCAGUAACUGUGGCGGGAUGAAAGAGCAGUCAAGCAUCCUGGAGGUCCUAUGGGCUCCAAUCCUUCUCAUCCACCUUGGUGGGCAGGAGGAAAUGACUAGCUACGAGAUAGAAGACAAUGAACUGUGGAGGAGGCACACCGUGACCUUGGUGUCCCAGGUCGCGGUCGCCUUGUACGCCUUCUACAAGUCCUGGCACAGCUCCAGUGACCGGAAGCUAUUGGCGGCUGCAAUUCUUCUCUUCGUGGUCGGGGUCCUCAGCUUCAGCGAGAAGCCAUGGGCUCUCAACAGAGCUAAAAGCAAGAGACUGGCGGCUCUAUCGGCCUGGGGGCGAGGAGCAAAAAAGCCAUCCAAAUGGAGGGAGUGCAUGAACUUCUUGUUCAAGGAGAGCAGUUGCUUCAACAGCAGGAUGCCACAAAGUCAUUUUUCAAUGGUUGGGGAGGAGGGUGGCAGCAGAAAUCGGUCAGGCAGAUUCACCGAGCUGCUACGGCGAUGGCGCUGGAUGGAGAGCGGCAGGCAUCAGCCAAACUGGAUGGUGGUGCCCUUGACGGAGGCAGACAAAAUCUUAAUGGUACUUUCAGACAUGUCACUGCUAGCUGCUGCCAAGGAGCUGGUAGCGCGAAAGAAAGCUCUCAUGGUGGAGGAUGUUUUGCCACCUCUGCCCGUUGCUGAGAAAACGUUGCCACGCCUGAUGCGCAGUGCAUUCGAGUUCAACUACACCAGAGAGCAAGUGGUUGCCACUCCUAUCUACCUGCUUUAUCAUCGGUUGGUGGUCCCGAUCCUGCACAUUGCCACCCUGACGCUAUAUGCAACCAGCAACAAGCACCCGUACAAGCAUGCUGACGUGAAGAUAACAUACAUCAUUUUCUGCCUCACCGCCGCGCUGGAUGUCUUCGCAGUCUUCAUCCGCCAGCUGCUAUACCGGCUCAUGUCUAGGACACAAGUUCCAGCUCUGUGCGAGACGGUGCCCAGCUAUAACCUCAUAGAUGCUGCUCUUUGGGAAGGUGACAAGAGCAUCGGGUGGGUAUACAUGUGUGCCAGGCGAUUGGGCUUCAACUGCUAUUCCAGGCAUGAACUUGGUGGCCUGUACAGAAUAGUCACACAAACUGUGAUUGCAGAUCUGGUGGAUGCAGGAAACCGAGACUUCGCCAGUUACAGGAUCUUCGAUUCAAGGAACUGGGCUAUAAGCAAUGAGAUGCAAAAACAUUGUGGCGCGGAGGCCAAAAAAAUCUUGUGCGUCUCGUUCGACCGGAGCGUCCUCCUAUGGCACAUCGCCACCGAUCUAUGCUUACGCUGCAUUGACGAUGCCUCCUCUGUCGCUGAUGGUGGUGAAGAAGGCCGGGUAGGAGGAGAAGAAGAAAUAGCAGCAGAAGGAGGAGCAGAAGAAAUAUCAUCAGAAGGAGAAGGGGCAGAAGGAAUAGCAGCAGAAGAAAUCCAAGAGGAACAACAACAAGGACACGAAGAGCAACAACAAGAAGAUAGGUUGGACCCAGCAUUACGUCUUCAUAUGAAGUGCACAGUUGCAAUAUCCAACUACAUGGCGCACCUGCUGAAUUUGAACCCUCAGAUGCUGCUGACCGGCAGCAGGCACCAUCUGAUCUCCGAAGCUAUGGAGGAAGUAAAAACCUGCUUUUUGUUGAAGAAGUAUAAGCUGAGCCAAAGAGAGGAAGUAAAGAAGCUCAUUGACGACAUAGUGGACAAGUCAGUGAGUGAACAUGAUGAAGUUUUCCACAUCACUGAGGCAUGCAAGCUUGCGAAAGAGUUGCUAAAGAUGCCGACACAUAGGCGCUGGAUGCUGAUGUACCGAGUGUGGCUGGGCAUGCUCUGCUACUCCGCCAGCAUGUCCAGGGGUUACCUGCAUGCCAAGAGCUUGGGUGAAGGUGGAGAAUUCCUCACUUUCGUCUGGCUCGUGCUCUCGCUCAAGGGGGGCAAGAGCUUGGCCGACAAGCUUCAGAUGCCGCCAGACAAUGAUGACAACACCGUCAAACCAUAA